GCGAUCAAGAAAAUACAUACCUUUUCCUAGAAGGUCUUUUUAAGAUCUAUCAACCCACCCUCACUUUUAUAAGCGGUGGACAAGGGGAGCAGCUUCGUUUCCCUUUCGUUCGCAGAACUCCGAUAUCAGUUUGAAUAAAAUACAUUUCCGGGAUACCUGUGUUUAUAAUUUUUGCAAGUGGGGUUUCCUGUGUAUUUUCAAAAUGGCGGACGGAUCAAGAGCAAGGAAACAGAGAGUUCUCUUUGUGGGUUUGUGUUGCUUAGAUGUCAUCUCCGUGUGCGAGUGCUAUCCAGGGGAAGAUGAAGACCUUCCUGCCCUAUCACAACGCUGGCAAUGUGGUGGAAAUGCCGCAAAUCAGUCAUUUGUUCUUUCUCAACUUGCACCACACUCGAUUGAAUUCUUUGGUAGCAUCACAGAUGGCCCAGGCGCAAAAUUUGCUUUGAAUACUCUACGCGAAAGUGGUGUGAACUGCGCAAACUGUUCAAUGUUUAAAGGAUAUAGCUUCCCCUCUUCCUGUGUUAUUUGUAGUCUGAAAUCUGGAACGCGGACCAUUGUACAUCACAGAGGGAACUUGCCUGAGGUUUCCAUGGAGGAAUUCGAUAAACUCGACUUAAAGCACUAUGACUGGAUCCAGUUUGAAGCAAGAAGAAACGUCGAUCAAACGCUUGCAAUGUUAGAAAAAGUGGACAGGCACAAUAGAACGAAUAGCAACCAAAUCACUGUCGCUGUCGAGAUCGAAAAGAAAGAGGAGAGGUUACAAGUUUUGUUACCAAAAGCAGAUGUUAUUUUCAUCAGUAAGGAUUUCGCCAAGCAUCUCGGUUAUAUGGACUCUAGAAGUGCUUUAUGUGGGUUAUACCCCCAAGUACGGCCAGGGGCCAUGUUGAUUUGUCCUUGGGGAGCCGAUAGUGCCGAUGCAAUGAAUGGAAGUGGGGCUGUUCUACACAGUAAUGGGUACCCAACUCCUAUCGUGCGAGACACUUUAGGGGCGGGGGACACGUUUAUUGCUGGAGUCAUUGAUGCAUUAAUCAAGGAUUGUAGUUUAGAGGAAUGCCUCUUGCUAGGGUGUAAACUUGCUGGGUAUAAGUGUGGGGUUGACGGAUAUAGUGGAUUAGGAAAGUACUGGAAACAAAUCUAUACGAAGUUAUAAUAAGAGAAAAAUAUUAUUUUAAUCAAAUUUUACAACAUUACAAUUCUAUUUAGGUUAUA